AUGCGACCUGAUAUCGAGGACCGGGAUUACAUGUAUAGAUUGAUGAUCAGCCAACUCUUCUACGAUGGACAGCAACAAAUUGCACUCAGCUUGGCCUCGUCAAUCGGUUGCUCAGCGAAUCCGCCGGCUCCGUGCGACAAACUCUUCCGCCUCAUCUCGAUGGCCAAACAAUUCGACAAGGCUGAACAACAGGAAGAGGAAAAUGGACUUCAGUUUGAUGCAAAUUCGGCGGGACUUGCUUUGAAAUUUGAUGCUGACAUCGUGCCCGAAUCGCCCGAGACGUGCAUGUAUGAGACGACUGCUCACAAAGCCUCUUGUCGAUCUGCAGCUUUCAAUUCUGACGAUACGACAAUGCCGGUUGCAACGCGUACACAAAAACGGGAGCAAGAACCGGAACCGAAGAACUUAAUGGAUCGAAAUUUGGACGAAGAGCAUACGACUCAAUCCGAGAUUUCAAAAAGUGGUAGCUUUGAAGAAAUUGAGCCCGAUGAUGAGCAAUGGUCAACGAGUGAACGACGCACGGUUUCUAGAUCAAGUACGAUAGAAAGAUUGACUUCAGGUUGUACAGCUGAAAAGGACGCAGCAAGACGAGUUCUGCAAGCCGUCGGCCGCUCUUUUCAUCCUCACUGUUUCACGUGCUCUGUAUGCCACAAAUGUCUCGACGGGAUUGUACUCAUUGGAAGCGGUAAAACAAUUCGAGUGGUCGCUUUGGGCAACGAUUAUCAUCUUGAGUGCUACUCUUGUGAGGGCUGCAAAAAGCAAUUGGGUGACGAUUACAAUGAACGAUGUCAUCCGUUAAAUGGUCAUCUUUUAUGCGCAAACUGUCAUAAGUUGUGGAAAACGACCGGUGGAGCGCCUACAACCGAUUUG